UGCAGAUUUGGGAGGGAUGGUUGAGGGAUGGUUUUAGGAGAUCGGUACGAGUCGCAGUUUAUCCAAGAAAUAGUUGAAAAGAUUGGAAAUAAACUGGAUCACACAUGGAAUAGGAGAUUAAGAGUCGAUUCCUAUCUAGUUGGAAUAGAUGAUCGUGUGAAAGGCCUAAACAUGUGGUUAGAAGAUGGAUCAACUGAUGUUGGAGUAGCUGUAGUCUGUGGGAUGGGUGGAAUUGGCAAGACCACCAUUGCCAAGACUGCUUAUAACCAGAAUUUCAAUAAAUUUCCAGGUAGCAGCUUUCUUGCAGAUAUUAGAGCAACUUCAGAACUUCAUGGUUUGGUUUACUUGCAAAGGAACCUUCUUUCAGAUCUCCAAAAGGGGAAAGCAAAGAAAAUAUACAGCUUGGAUGAAGGAAUAACAAAUAUCAAACGGGCGAUAUGUUGCAAAAGAGUUCUUAUUGCUCUUGAUGAUGUGGACAACUUGGAACAAUUCAAUGCAAUUCUUGGAAUGCGAGAAUGGCUUCAUCCAGGAAGUAAAAUAAUCAUAACAACUAGACAUGAACAUUUGUUAAAGGCUCAUGAGAAUUGUGCAAUAUUUAAGGUGGAAGGGUUGCAUGAGUAUGAAUCACUUGAGCUUUUCAGUUGGCAUGCCUUUGGACAACCCCAUCCUGGCGAAGGUUACAUGGAUUUUUCAAGACCUGUAGUGCAACACUGUGGAGGGGUUCCAUUAGCUCUUCAAGUUCUAGGAUCUUCUCUCUUCGGAAAAGCUGCAGAUGUAUGGAAAAAUGCAUUACAGAACUUGGAUGUGAUUACUGAAGGAAAAAUUCAAAAGAUUCUCAGAAUAAGCUUCGAUUCUCUGCAAGAUCACGACAAACGUCUGUUCCUCCAUAUAGCCUGUUUCUUCAUAGGAAAAGACAAGGAUUUUUCAACUACAGUCCUUGAUGAAUGUGAGUUUGCCACAAACAUUGGAAUUCAAAAUCUGGUUGAUAGAUGUCUGCUGAUAAUUGAUGGAUCCAACAAGUUAACCAUGCACCAAUCCAACAAGUUAAGCAUGCACCAAUUACUUCAAGUCAUGGGAAGGGGAAUUAUUCGUGAAGAAUCACGUGAGGAUCCUGGAAAACGUACUAGAGUGUGGAAUAAAGAUGCCUCUAAUGUUUUGAGAAAAUUAACUGGUACAGAAACUAUUAAGGGCCUCAUGCUCAACAUUCCUAUGUUAAUAAAAGAUGAGUCUUCUAAGAUAAUAUCCAGUGGAAGUAACAGAAAAAGAUUCCACGUUGAAGAUUAUGAUGGAAACUGUUCAAGCAGCCGAAGUUGGCUUGGUUUCUUCUCCUGGCAGUCAAUUAGUUCUUCUUCAACAAACUCAUUUCCUGUGUCAAAUGAGAUAGGUUUCAAAACAGAGGCAUUUAGAAGGAUGCACAAUCUUGAACUCCUGCUGCUUGAUAAUGUAAAAAUCAGUGGAGGCUAUGAAGAUUUCCCAAAAAAUUUACCUAACCUCGAGAGAUUAAUUCUUAAAGAUUGCAUAAAUUUGAAAGAGGUGGAUGAAUCCAUUGGAGAUUUGGAGAAACUUAUUUUCUUGAAUCUAAAAGAUUGCAAAAAUCUCAUGAAGCUUCCAAUAAGAAUUAGUAUGAUGCGAUCUCUCCAGAAACUUAUUCUCUCUGGUUGCUCAAAUCUUGUGCUGCAUGCCAGUAUGAUCGUUAAAAAUCAGUCAGACUCUACACCUAGUGACAUGAAGAAACUCAGUCUGUUUUCUGCAGUUAAAUUGUGGCAAUCAAUCCGAUCAUGGGUAUUGCCAAGAAAAAAUCUCCAAAUUACCAGUUCAAGUUUGCCACAAUUUUUUAAAAAAUUAAAGAUGGAGUACUGCAAUCUGUCAGAAAUUCCCAAUGAUCUUAGUAGCCUAUCCUCAUUGGAGUCUUUGGAUCUAAGUGGAAACCCAUUUUUGAGCCUAUCAGUGAACAUGAAUGGUCUUAGUAAGCUCAAGGCUCUUUGGUUGAAUUUUUGCACAAACCUCGAAAUGAUUCCCGAGCUCCCACCAAGUUUAGAGCUUUUGCGCGCAUGUGAAUGUACUUCAUUGAAAAGAGUACUACUAAACUUACCCGACAUGUUAAAAACAAUUAGAGAUGCAAUUUUUUUUUGCGAGAAUUUAGUUGAAAUUCAAAACGUGUUCAAAACGAGGCCGUUGAGAAGCGUCGACAUAGAAAUGAUCAAAGAUAUCGGUCUGUUCAAUUUGGAAUCCAUAAGCACUGAAGUUGAAAUGCGCAACAACUUGACAUUGACAAGAAGGAAGGGUCCUCUCCAGGGACUGGAUGAAUGUGGUAUAUUUAGCAUAUUCCUUCCUGGGAGCAAGGUUCCAGAUUGGUUUUGCUACAAGUCGAGCAUGGAAGGUAAGGUUCGUGAUGAGAGAUUGAUAUUUUACUCGGGCGUUCCUAUUCUUCACAUCAGUAAUGAGACCAAGGGUCUUAAGUGGACCUAUAUGCCAGUCACAAUAGGGUUGCCAAAAGAGAAGGAACAUAUGUUAUGGCUUAGUCAUUGGCGAUUCACAAACGAUGAAUUGGAGGGUGGGGAUGAAAUACGUGUUUGGGUUAGAGAUGAAUUCGAAAUGUUGACGAAGGAAUUUGGAAUCCAGCUUGUGUACGAGCAGAAUAAUAAUGAGGGUACUGUAACUGAAGAUAUAACCACAAUGUUACAACAUGAAACAACUACCCCUUCGAGCCAGAAUCAAGUCAUUGCUGGAGAUGUGUCAGCGUCAGCAUCAAGGUUUCAUAAAAAUAAUACAAAUAAGGUGGGUGAAUACUUUAUUUGUAAUCAUAAUGAAUAUUCAUAUUUGUGGACGAGCCAAUAUAAGAAUGGGCUCUAUAAAGAUGUCCCUUAUAAGCUUAUUUGAGGGAUUCCUCAACUGAAGCUCUCUGUAUAUAUAUAUUCUUUGUUUUCUUCCUCUUGUA